AUGGACUUCGACGAUCCCAAAAACACAAAGUCUUACUCCGAUGCGCUCAAGGUCGAUCCCAAUUCUAUUAUUACGACUUCGAUUGAUGCAGUUCCCAUGACUGUCGAAAGAAAGCCGUAUCAGCCGGGUGUUGACAAGCCCCGAUUGGCUCAUGCAGGCGUUGCGAGAGCCAAUCUUGCUGCUACCCAUGAGCGUCCCGAGGGAACGAACGAGAAUGACUGGGCUCAACGGCACCAGGAUCAAACUGUUCUGCAGCAGCACUGCGAUUUCUUCGACAAGGACCACGAUGGCGUGAUCUGGCCGCUUGACACAUUCCGAGGCUUCUAUCAACUAGGCUACGGAGUUAUCCUAUCCUUCAUCUCGGCCCUCGUUAUCCACGGCAACUUCUCAUACCCGACCCAGUCCUCGCUGCUCCCCGAUCCUUUCUUCCGCAUCCACAUCGACAACAUUCACAAGGAUAAGCAUGGCAGCGACACUGGGACCUAUGAUACUGAAGGGCGAUUCAUUCCACAGAAGUUCGAGGACAUGUUUUCCAAGUAUGCAGAAGGUCGGGACUACUUGACGAUAUGGGAUGUUAGCAACUUGAUGAAGGGCCAAAGGCUCAUCGCUGAUCCCAUCGGAUGGGGCGGUGCCUUCUUUGAGUGGUUGGCCACUUACAUCUUGCUUUGGCCGGAUGAUGGGCGUAUGAUGAAGGAAGAUAUCAGGGGGAUUUACGAUGGUAGUCUCUUCUACAAGAUCGCUGCCAGGCGAGCCUCAAAGUGA